AUGGUUGACUCUGACCAGGAGAGAGUGGUUGCAACUUUGAAAGCUUACUUGAAACUGUGCGCGAAACCGUGUAAUCGAUUCACAAUACUGAAGGACCAAAGCUUUCUGGAAAUUUUGAAGACAUUGGUGCAAGAUGAUCGAGUUGUUGUGAUGACUUAUCUCAUAAAAAUCCUUCUACUUCUUACGGAGAACAGUGAUGAUGCUCAAGUAGUGUGUGGAGUCCCUGAAAUUGAGCGGAAUCUUUCCAAUGCCGCCGAGAAACAAUUCUCUCCAAACAUAGUUUAUAAUUUGCUUGUCAUCGUCUCACGCCUGAAAGCUGCGCAAAAUAAAAUCGCUAGAGAUAGGCAAGCCUCUGCAGCAUCUCAACCCUCUUCGAUAAGGGAAGUGAUCGGACCAGCAGCACCAGCUCCACGAAAAUUUGUUGCGCGCAAGUCAAAGCAACUAAUUUAUGAGUUUGACGAGCUCUGGGAUGACUUGAAAAAUGAAAUCGAAACACAGUCACCAUUCGAACGAUUCAGUCAAUAG